AUGACACAAGGAAAGAUCUCCGUGGCUAACAAGGCCCCCGGGACAGAGGGGCAGCAGCAGGCCAAUGGUGAGAAGAAGGAGACUCCAGCAGUGCCUUCGGCCCCGCCCUCCUAUGAGGAGGCCACCUCUGGAGAGGGGUUGAAGGCAGGGGCCUUCCCCCCAGCCCCGUCGGCUGUGCCUCUCCAUCCCAGCUGGGCCUAUGUGGAUCCUAGCAGCAGCUCUAGCUAUGAGAACGGAUUCCCCGCCGGAGACCAUGAGCUCUUCACCACCUUCAGUUGGGACGACCAGAAAGUUCGCCGAGUCUUCAUCAGAAAGGUCUAUACAAUCCUACUGAUCCAGCUGCUGGUGACGUUGGGUGUCGUGGCUCUCUUUACCUUCUGUGACCCCGUUAAGGACUAUGUCCAGGCCAACCCAGGAUGGUACUGGGCAUCCUAUGCUGUGUUCUUCGCCACCUAUCUGACCCUGGCCUGCUGUUCUGGACCUAGGAGGCAUUUCCCCUGGAACCUGAUUCUCCUGACCAUCUUCACCCUGUCCAUGGCCUACCUCACUGGGAUGCUGUCCAGCUACUACAACACGACAUCUGUGCUGCUGUGUCUGGGCAUCACGGCUCUCGUCUGCCUCUCAGUCACCGUCUUUAGCUUCCAGACUAAGUUUGACUUCACCUCCUGCCAGGGUGUGAUCUUCGUGCUGCUCAUGACUCUUUUCUUCAGUGGACUCAUCCUGGCCAUCCUCCUGCCCUUCCAAUACGUGCCCUGGCUCCACGCUGUGUAUGCCGCUCUGGGAGCAGGCGUGUUUACGUUGUUCCUGGCAUUUGACACCCAGUUGCUGAUGGGUAACCGACGCCACUCACUGAGCCCUGAGGAGUAUAUUUUUGGAGCCCUCAACAUUUACCUAGACAUCAUCUACAUCUUCACCUUCUUCCUGCAGCUUUUUGGCACCAACCGGGAAUGA